AUGAGUGGGCCUGAUUAUGAUGCUGUUCAGUCUAGCUUCCGGGAUAUGGUUGCUUCGACUACUAAUGCUGAGGGUCUGCCGUUGUUUAUUAAUGAUGCCAGCCAUGACCAGAAUCCGCUUUCGACUUUUUCGACUUAUGCCAAGUUGCAGGAGAUCAAGAAGAGCUACACAGCUGAUUUCCUACAUCACCGUCAGCUUCUGAAGACCACAUAUCAGCGCCAUGGCAAACAACGGCGGCCAUCUGCUCUGUCCGAGCUGGAUUUCUCGAACAAUUCUGACGUUCACAUCGCCAAAGAUCGCGAUUGGUUCGGUGAUGAUUAUACACUCUUCAAACCCUUCACCGCGGCUAUGACCAGCGUGGGGAUCGAAGCCAUUGGGUCGGAACUGUCGAGCUCCCCACAAAGACCUAGUUCAAACGGCAUUAUCCGCUUAGAGAACCCUCUCAACGAAGGCCGCCGCCUCAUGGACGUCCAGCUGAGCGACCCCCCAGUGGGUCCCUCUGUUCGAAAUUUGGCGUUUGAACUAGGUGUUUCGUAUAUGAUUCACACCUUCUGGCCCGCGGAGGAGCGGCAAAGAUUUGAAAGCACCGUAUCUACCACACCAGCUGAGAAGGCCUGGGUCAAGAAGCACUUCGGAAACGAAUUCAGAUUUCUCCAAACCUACGGAUUGAGCACAAGGACGGAGACCACGAAAAGGUCGGGCGAUUGUGCAAACAUUGAUGAGCAAUGA